AUGCGGCGGAUUUGUAACGCGUUUUGGGGGCGAUCUGCGUCCCUCGUUGCGCGGCGCCUCCCAGCGGCGGCAGCGCCCCUCCUGCAGCCGCACCCGCAGCGGCGGCUUCUGGCCACCACCCCCACGACCAGUGAGGAGGGGGUUGUGGGCGGCGGUGACGUGCAGGACACGGAGGAGACGCACCCCGACUUUCAGCCCCGCCUGGUCAACACCGAACUCGCUGAGGACGAGGUGGCGAUGGUGAAAAAGGACAUCGACGACACCAUCCGCACGGAGGACGUGGUCGCGUUUAUUAAGGGGGUGCCGGAGGCGCCCAUGUGCGCCUUCUCAAAGCGGCUGAUAGACAUUUUGGAGGCGCUGGGGUUGGAGUACACCUCGUUUGACGUCCUGGCGCAUCCCGUUGUGCGGACCUACGUGAAGGAGGUGAGCGCGUGGCCGACGAUCCCGCAGCUGUUUCUCAAGGGCGAGUUUGUAGGCGGGCUGGACGUCGUGCAGAAGAUGGUGGAGGGAGGCGAGCUGCAGAAGCUUAUGCAGCAGAAGGGAAUCAGCUUCCGCGGACAGCCGUGA